AUGGCUAAACCUGCAAAACUCCAGAACAAUGAAAAUUAUGCUGUGGCUCACACAAUCGGUGAAGAGGAGCAAUCCAAGUAUCUAAGGCGUGAUAUAAUGUUCGUUUCAAAUAUCGACAACAGUGGCGCCACAUUAGAUUUAAAAAUUGCUCAGUUCGCAUGCGAUGAAGCUGUCGAGUACAUUAUGGAAUGCACAGCAAAGACUGAGAACGACAUAAAGGGUGGCACGUUGAUUGACAUUGCUGGACAAUUGAUGCAUUUGGAAAUUCCUCAAGUUCCUCCAGAGCGUCUUGACGAGUUUUGCUCCACUCGAACAUUUAAAAUUUUUAAUACUAACAACAUCUGGGUGAAUCUGAAAGCUGUGAGGGAACGAUUGGAAGCGAUCUCAAGUGAAAUUAUUGUUAAUAAAAAGGUAAAAUUUGUGUGA